AGAUUGAACUUUUUAACGAAAAACUAGAGGCAGGCAAAGGUUGCCAACCACUCCAUAGCUCUCGUAACCCUAAAACUGGUUUUGAAGGGCUAAAUAUUCAUUCCAGAUCACAUAAAACAAACAAGAGUGUAGCGAGGGAGAGUAAUAGCAUCACUGAACUGGUGGUGUCGAGGGAUGGAUGCGAUACGGAAGCAGCUCGAUGUGCUGAUGGGAGCAAACCGUAACGGCGACGUCCGCGAAGUCAAUCGCAAGUACUACGAUCGCGAUGUCUGUCGCCUCUAUCUCGUUGGUCUCUGCCCUCACGAGCUUUUCCAGUUAACGAAAAUGGAUAUGGGUCCUUGCCCUAAGGUCCACUCCUUGCAGCUCCGUAAAGAAUAUGAGGAGGCGAAAGCGAAAGGGACUGAUAACUAUGAUAGGGAGUUGGAGGAUGUUAUAGACAAGCUUAUUGGCGAGUGUGAUAGGAAAAUUGGCAGGGCUCUCAAGCGUCUUGAGGAUGAGGAUGCGAAAGCUGCAAUUGCGAUUUCGGUCUCUGAAGUUACUCAGACACCUGAGGUGCUGGAGUUGUCGAAGCAAAUCAAGGAGAAGUUGAAAGAAGCUGAUCAAUAUGAUCUUGAAGGCAAGACAGAUCUCAAGAUUCGAGCUCUAGAGGUUGUUGAGGAACUUAGAACUAAGAGAGCAGACAAGCAGUCUAUGCUUCUUUUAGAUGCCUUUAACAAAGAUAGGGCAUCUUUACCUACACCUCUGCCAAAUCCACCACCGCUGGCACCCAUUCCUGUAGUUGCUCCUGAUCCUCGAACACAGGAGAUGAUAAAUGAAAAGCUGAAGAAGGCUGAGGAUCUCGGUGAGCAAGGAAUGGUUGAUGAGGCUCAAAAAGCAUUGGAAGAGGCUGAAGCACUUAAGAAGCUUCCUUCCAGGCAGGAGCCAGUGCUGGAUUCUUCGAAGUAUACAGCUGCAGAUGUGCGGAUUACUGAUCAGAAGCUUCGUGUGUGCGACAUUUGUGGAGCAUUUUUGAGUGUUUAUGACAGUGAUCGUCGUUUAGCUGAUCAUUUUGGAGGGAAACUUCAUUUAGGGUAUAUGCAGAUUCGUGAAAAGUUAGCAGAACUUCAAGAAGAAAGGAACAAGAGUAGAAAGACUGAUCGGCAUGAUGACAGGAGAUCAAAAGAACGUAGUAGGGAUCGAGACAGGGAGUCGAGUAAGGACCGUGAACGAGGUGAUAGUCGUGAACGAGGGCGGGACUAUGACCGUAGGAGCAGAGAUCGUGAUAGGCAUUAUGAUAGAGAUCGUGGAUAUGAUCGAGACCGAGACUCGGAUCGCUCCCGUACCUAUGACUCAAGAAGUCGUCGGAGGUCACGUUCUAGAUCCCGAGAGAGGUCUAGAGAUUAUGAUCGACACAGGCGUUAUGAUCGAUACUAGCGAUCGCCAUGUGAAUCUUAUGGAUAUGACAAUGUCUAGACUAGGUGGGUGUUGAACCUCAUGUUGGACAAAUAAUUUUGCAAUUCCUUCCGUGUUAAACUAUUUCUGGAAUGAUGGAUGUAAUUUGAGCUUAGGUGUAGCUAUAUUAUGGUUUGUUGUUGCUUUUCCAGAUUUUAAAUCCAAUUUGUAAUAUGCCUACUUCGAAGCAGUUCUUGCAAUUGUGCUUAACAUGAGAGUAGUUUGAUUUUAACUACCAUUUUCAGUCUA